AUGGCCAGCGCAGCCCACCCAGGAACAUUGCAUGAAUAUGCACCCCGACGAGUCGCCUUCGAAUUCACCAGCUCCACCCCCGAGAAACAACACAGCCUCAUCUUCAUCGGCGGCCUCCAAGACGGCCUCUGCACCGUCCCCUACGUGCCCGCCCUCGCCAAAGCCCUCGAGCCCACCCCCUGGUCCGUCUUCCAGGCUCAGCUCUCCUCCUCCUUCGGCGGCUGGGGCACCGGCAGCCUAGACCAGGACGUGGCCGAGAUCGCGCAGUGCGUCGAGUACGUGCGCAAGCUCCAGGCGUCUGCCGCGCCGGACGGCAAAGUCGUCAUCAUGGGCCACUCCACCGGCAGCCAGGAUGUGCUGCACUACCUGUACGCGGCGAACCCGGCGUCGCGCCCGCGGCCGCCGGUGCACGGCGCGAUCCUGCAGGCGCCCGUCUCCGAUCGCGAGGCGAUGCUUGCGGAGACGCGCAAGCCCGGGCCUGCGGGCGCCGAGGCCCGCGGCGCGUUCGAGCAGCUGGUUGCGCAGGCGCGGCUGGAGAGCAGCGCGGAUGAGAAUGAGAUCCUGCCGCUGGGGUUGACUCGGAAGGUCGGCUUGCCGGGUGACCCGAUCAGCGCGGCGCGGUUCUUCAGUCUGGCGAGUCCGGAUAGCCCUGCUGCGCCGGCGGUGGAUGAUCUGUUCAGCUCGGAUCUGAGCGACGAGAGGCUGCGGGAGACGUUUGGGGUGGUGAGGACGAAAGGCCUGCUGCGGUCGAGGCUGCUGGUGCUGUACUCGGGGAGUGAUGAGUAUGCGGCGCCGUGGGCGGAUAAGGGGGCGCUGAUGGAGCGGUGGAGGCUGGCGACAGAGGCUGGGCAGGAGGGCGCGUGGGAUGGAAACAGUGCGAUCAUCGCUGGGGCGAGUCAUACUGUCAAGGAUGAAGGGCAGGCUGAGUUGGUGGAGCGUGUCUCUCGCUAUCUGGAGGGGAUCUAG